UUCUAUGUUGAGGCAGAAAUGUUUAUUUCAAAUGACCUGCAGAAAUUGUGUGCUUGAAUGUUCAGGAUGCAAACAGAAAAAGCGCAUGAAAGAAAGAAGAGAAUUUGAAUGCACAACAUGUAAUCGACAGACAACAUUAGUGCCUCGUGGGUCGAUUACGACAUUAAUUUCUAGAGACAUAGCUGAGAAGAUGCUCUCCAUGACAGCAGAACAUAUAUUUGAAACAACUUUGGUCAAGAAUCAACUCCUGCCCAUUGACCAUGUUCAUAAGAUGUUGUCGGACAGACUGUUCCGAAUUCAAUUAAAAAAGUCAUCCUGGAGAAGCUCGAACGACACACAGACAACUGUAUCAAUUAUGUCCUACGUAGAAAGGAAACCAAUCUUUCCACCUAGCGUUAAUCAGAGGGACGCCAAAAAACUGAAGCCUCUAAGCACAAGUGAGGUAGACAUGGAGAAAGCAGUUAUUGCAUCUGACUCUUCAAGCACAAGGCCGAAAGAUCAACCACCCACACCAGCAAAAAAGCCGUAAAAGGUUAGUC